UUCAUGUCGGGAGAGCGCACCGCGCGUCCAACCUAUCCACACUCGGGAGCGCAAAGGAACAUGUUUGUCUAAUCUCGAGGCUACACAGACGCCUGUAGUAGAUUGCAAGCAAGACUUCAAUCAAAUUCAUGAUCUUUUAUCCGCAGAAAAGAGUAAGCGCUGAUGUAUCGAUGAAUUUCCACGGGAAACUAAUCAGUGUCCUGCUGCUGGUGCUCCUCGCAGCGCAAGGGUGCUUUACAUCCAAGGGGGAGGACAGACUGUUUCGGAGGUUGUUCAGGAGGUACAACCAGUUCAUCCGACCGGUGGAGAAUGUAUCUGACCCAGUCACCGUGGAGUUUGAAGUCUCUAUAUCUCAGCUGGUCAAAGUGGAUGAGGUCAAUCAGAUUAUGGAAACCAAUCUGUGGCUGAGACAUGUCUGGAAUGACUACAAACUAAAAUGGGCUCCAAUUGAGUUUGAUGGGAUUGAGUUCAUACGAGUUCCAUCCAAUAAGAUUUGGAGGCCAGACAUCGUAUUGUACAACAAUGCUGUAGGUGACUUUCUUGUGGAAGACAAAACCAAGGCUCUGCUGAAGUUUGAUGGCACCAUUACCUGGGUUCCUCCAGCUAUUUUCAAAUCCUCCUGCCCCAUGGACAUCACUUACUUCCCCUUUGACUACCAGAACUGCUCCAUGAAGUUUGGCUCCUGGACCUAUGACAAGGCCAAGAUCGACCUGGUGCUUAUUGGCUCAAAGGUGAACCUGAAAGACUUCUGGGAAAGUGGUGAGUGGGAGAUAAUUGAUGCACCAGGAUACAAGCAUGACAUCAAGUACAACUGCUGCGAGGAGAUCUACCCUGACAUCACAUACUCCUUCUACAUUCGCCGCCUGCCUCUCUUCUACACCAUCAAUCUCAUCAUCCCAUGCCUCCUCAUUUCCUUCCUCACAGUGCUGGUCUUCUAUCUCCCGUCUGACUGCGGCGAGAAGGUCACCCUGUGUAUCUCAGUCCUCCUGUCUCUCACUGUGUUCCUGCUGGUCAUCACUGAGACCAUCCCUUCAACGUCUCUCGUCAUCCCUCUUAUCGGAGAGUACCUCCUCUUCACUAUGAUUUUCGUCACCCUCAGCAUAGUAAUCACUGUGUUUGUGCUGAAUGUCCACUACCGCACCCCAAUGACUCACACAAUGCCGGAGUGGGUGAGGUCUGUGUUCCUCGGGGUGCUGCCCAGGGUGAUGCUGAUGAGGCGGCCCAUCGACCAGGGCUGCUCCUCGUCUGCUAUCACAGCAGGAGGAGGGAGCAUUAGAGGAAACAAGAAGAGAAAGAACAGCAUAGGAGGAGGAAGUAGCUCAGCAAGUGUUAGUGUUGGAGGAAUAACUGGGGGCGUACCAUGUCCACCGCUGGAUGGUGCUGCAGCAGGAGGAGUGUCAACCUCAACUGGUGGCCCCAUGAACUGUGUGGAGUACGGUGACCUGAACCGGGACAAGAAGCGGGAUAUGAACAGGAGGUGCCCUUACAGAGGCAAAGAGGUACCCACUCCUGUCCCUCCCCCCAUGGGGCCACCCCCACCUCCCCAGCCACCCCAGAACCAGGGGCCCCAGGAGUCAGAGCUGCCCAAGCUACCGAGGCAACUGAAUACACCUUCACCAGUCAACGCUGUUGUUGCCUUUUCUGUGGUUUCACCAGAGAUCAAGCAGGCCAUUGAGAGCGUAAAGUACAUCGCGGAGAACAUGAGGACUCGCAACAAAGCCAAAGAGGUGGAGGAUGACUGGAAAUAUGUGGCCAUGGUCAUCGACAGGAUCUUCCUGUGGGUUUUUGUGACAGUGUGUGUACUGGGAACACUGGGACUCUUCCUCCAGCCACUCAUCAGCUUCUUUAAAUGAGACACUUUUCUUUCUCACGUCUCUUUCUCUCUCUCUCUCUCUCUCUCUCUCUCUCUCUCUCUUUGUCAACUUCUGUGUGUCUCUGAAUCCCUAUUUGAUUUACUUUUGGGAAUUAUCCCUCCCACAGCUCUUUCACAUCACACAACUGAGAUGUCUUCUUUCUCCUUUUCUAGCUUUUGUCUCUUCUCCUCUUUCUCCUUUCUCGUUCUCCACAAUCAGCAUUCAGCUGUCUGCUUCCUCGUAUGACUUAUCCUCAUCUCCCUAUUUCUCAUUUGCAUUGCACUGCCAAUUUGCGCUCAUUGCUUUUAUCAAGUCUCCUCCCUCACCGUCAUGUUUUUUUUCUUUCCGGAAAUGAUUACCACAUCUGUUCUUCUUUCCUUUUCUUUUUUUUAACUCUAUUGACCUGCCACUGCCUGCAGCUUAUCUCUCUGUGUCCAUUUUUCUCUCCCCCGAACAUCACCUUUCAGUCAGUGUUAUUGUACAGUCUUCUAUUAUGUUUAACGAUGUCAGGUUAUUUAAGUUGUUAAUAUGAUCAUUUCUAUAGACCUCUUAAGAAUCAAGUUGCUGAGAGAAGAACGUAAAUGUCUUUUUGUGUUUUGCAGUACAGUACCACUUUGACACUGUAAACCAGUACAAUAAAGACAAUGCACUUUGAAGACAUGUGGUACAACAUAUCAGUGUAUAAUCGCUACUAGAAGACAAACACUCCAAUAUUUUACGACAGCUGGUUGUGAUAUAUAUAAUGUUGUGAUCUGAGGACGUUUUUAAGGCUGCCACCUUUCCUUUUUUGUCCGUUGUCAGUUUUCAUGUUUACCUCUGUAAACAUUUUU